AGAUCCUCGUUUCCCAGAUCACGCUGCACUUUCAGAAGCAGAAACAUCUGACCAUGAUUUCUGGGACUUUAUUUGUGCUUGUACUGCUGUGUGGAGUAGAAGCUGGCAAGGUUUUAGUGUUGCCAGGCGAGUACAGUCACUGGCACAACAUGCGUGCGAUCAUUGACGCGCUGGUCGAUCGUAACCACAGUGUGACUGUUCUGGUCAGUUCUUCAUCACCUACUGUACCGCACACACGGAAGGAGCGGUUCGAUUUCAAUGUGUUUAAAGUCAAUAUGGAGAAAGAAGAGGCUGAUGCUGUGUGGAGUGACUUCAUUCAUCUCUGGAUGAAUGACACAGCCAGUAAAUACGAGACCGUGUUCAACAUCUGGCGAGUGAUGUCAAACUUCAUGCUGCUGGCUACUGACAUAUGCAAGGGCAUGUUUCACAAUGAGGAUCUUUUACACACGCUUCAAGAAUCUCAUUAUGAUGUGCUGUUUUCUGAUCCAAUGAUGCCAUGCUCUGACUUGAUGGCACAGAAGCUGAAUAUCCCGCACGUCCAGUCGCUGCGUGCAACAUUUGCGUAUACUUUCGAGCGGUUUUGUGGUCAGAUGCCUGCGCCGCCAUCCUAUGUUCCUGCAGCCGCUUUGCAAGAUCACCUCACCGAUCAUAUGAGCUUCACAGAGAGAGUUGAAAACAUGCUCCUCUACAUCAUACAUACAUCUAUAUUUCGACUGAACAUGAAGUUCACUUAUGACUGGCUUUACACUGAAAUAAGAGUGUUGCCAGGCGAGUACAGUCACUGGCACAACAUGCGUGCGAUUAUUGACGCGCUGGUCGAUCGUAACCACAGUGUGACUGUUCUGGUCAGUUCUUCAUCACCUACUGUACCGCACACACAGAAGGAGCAGUUCGAUUUCAAUGUGUUUAAAGUCAACACGAAGAAAGAAGAGUCCAAUGCUGUGUGGAGUGACUUCAUUCACCUCUGGAUGAAUGACACAGCCAGUAAAUACGAGAUUGUGUUCAACAUCCGGCGAGUGAUGUCAAACUUCAUGCUGCUGGCUACUGACCUAUGCAAGAGCAUGUUUCACAAUGAGGAUCUUUUACACACGCUUCAAGAAUCUCAUUAUGAUGUGCUGUUUUCUGAUCCAAUGAUGCCAUGCACUGACUUGAUGGCACAGAAGCUGAAUAUCCCGCACGUCCUUUCGCUGCGUGCAACAUUUUCAUACACUUUCGAGCGGUUUUGUGGUCAGAUGCCUGCGCCGCCAUCCUACGUUCCUGCAGCCGCUUUGCAAGAUCACCUCACCGAUCAUAUGAGCUUCACAGAGAGAGUUGAAAACAUGCUCCUCUACAUCAUACAUACAUUUAUAUUUCGAUUGAACAUGAAGUUCACCUUUGAUCUGCUUUACACUGAAAUAUGGGGCAAACCCACAACAAUGUGUGAGACCAUGGGAAAAGCCGACAUCUGGUUGAUUAGAACCUACUGGGAUUUCGAGUAUCCACGUCCACUCCUGCCUAAUUUUAAAUUUGUUGGAGGACUACACUGCAAACCAGCCAAGCCUCUGUCAAAGGAACUAGAGGAGUUUGUGCAGAGCUCGGGAGAUCAUGGCAUCGUUGUCUUCUCACUGGGUUCCAUGAUCGGCAACUUGACAUUGGAAAGAGCUAACACUAUUGCUUCUGCUCUUGGUCAAAUCCCACAAAAGGUUGUUUGGCGUUAUAAUGGGAAAACACCAGAAACUCUCGCCCCCAAUACAAAACUCUAUGACUGGAUCCCACAGAAUGAUUUGCUUGGUCAUCCAAAAACAAAGGCCUUCAUAACCCACGGUGGGACAAAUGGACUGUAUGAGGCUAUUUAUCAUGGUGUCCCAAUGGUGGGCUUGCCACUGUUUGCUGACCAGCCUGAUAAUCUAAUGCACAUGAAAACCAAAGGAGCUGCUGUUUUUCUUGAUGUCAACUCAAUGCAGUCCAAAGACCUGGUGGAUGCUCUGAAGAUUGUCAUAAAUAGUCCAUCGUACAAGGAGAGCAUCAUGAGACUGUCCAGAAUCCACCAUGAUCAGCCGAUGAAGCCUUUGGACCGGGCAGUUUACUGGAUCGAAUUUGUGAUGCGGCAUAAAGGAGCUAAACAUCUACGAGUUCAGGCACAUGAUCUGAGCUGGUUUCAGUACCACUGCCUGGAUGUAGUGGCCUUCUUACUCUCAAUCGUUGCACUCAUCACAUUCCUCUUCAUUAAAACAUGCCGUUGCCUUUUCCGUAAAUGUUUCAGAAAGACUCGUCCUGAUGCCAAAGCACAAAAGCAUAAAAAAGAGUGAAUGCAAAGUAGAAUUCCAUAGAAGAAUUGCCGUCAGUUGACUGUGGUAUGUAUGUUGUCACAUGUAUAUGAUGGCCAGUGUGCAUUUAGUCUACAUUCCAAACUUGAAAUACAUGUGAAUGUUCAUGUAAAAUAAAUUAAAAGUGCCUCAGGUUAAAAAUAGUGCAGGAAACUCUUUUCUUUCUGCCGUCAUGUUUUUACUACUAUUGUACUAUUACAAAAAUGAAGGGUGACAUCCAUCCAUUCUCUGUGUUGUGUGUAAAAAGGGUGACAGGUGAGUGCAAUGCAUGUGUGUAGUAAAAGCCCAUAGUUAAGAGUGACAUAAAACAUUCUGCAUUAUUUGCUGAAUGAAAUCCAAUAAUGUUCAAUACUAAUUGAUUGAUUCUGAUCCUGAAAGUAGUACUUUUGUUCUAUAGCAUGUCAGUUUUUCUCACAAAAUAUGCUGCAUUUCAGAGCAGUUUUGCUUCCAACAGCUGUUUGUAAGGAAUAACAUUAGAUUUAAAAAUUCAGAUUCAGAAACACCUUAUUUAAAGUUUAACAAGUUGCAUUUAAUAUCAGUCAGUUGGGGGCAGUUGAUCUAAAAGUUGAGUGUGUUUUUACUAACAUAAUUGACCAAAGAAAAGAAAAAUCAUACAAGGUUUUAAUUUCUAACCUAUUUUUGAGUUUGUUUAUUAUAUAAAACCCUUUUGUUGAUUUUCAGAAUAACUAGGCUACAUAUAUACAGUAAAUAACUAUAUUGUGAAAUAUAUAGUUACUGUGAUAUAAAAUUUGUCAUACAGUGAAACUGAAUUUUGGUCAUCGACCAAUAAAACGGCUUAAUUUGCACCCCAGUUCUGCACUCUCUCACUCUCACUCACUCUGUUUUGCUACAGGAAUAUGUCAAAGCCUAAUAUUUGAAGCAGUCCUGCCAAAUCUGAGAGGCUGUACAUGCUGACUUGUGGUUGUAGAGUGAAACUGAAGUAAAGUGCAAAAGUAAAUAUGUUGUA